AUGAACCAGCCAGGCGACGCCGACAGACCCACGGUAGCCGUACUUGAUGCCAAGCUACCUCCGUUUUGGACUGGCGACCCGGAACUUUGGUUCGUGCAAGUUGAGUCGCAGUUCGCUGCACGCCGCAUCACUGCUGAUAGCACCAAAUACCACCACGUCGUGGGCAACCUCCCGCCUGCGACGGCCAGCGAGGUGCGGGACCUACUGCUAACGCCACCCGCAGAGAACGCCUACCAGACGCUAAAAGAGACAUUGAUUCGCCGUGUAACACCGACAGAGCCCGAGCGUCUCCAACAGCUACUGCGGGAGGCCGAACUUGGCGACCGCCGAUCCAGCCAGUUGCUACGCCACAUGCAACAACUGGCCGGCGACGCGACAGCAAGCGACGGUCGUUUAGUGCGGGAACUGUUCCUGCAAGGGCUUCCCACAAGUGUACGGAUAGGCCUCACGGCGUCGGGCGAGACAGACCUUGCCAAGAUGGCCGAGCUCGCCGACAAACUCAUGGCUGUCGCCGUGCCCACAGUCGCGUCGGUGCACGCAGACGCACCGUCCGCCAAUUCCUUGCAAGAGAUGCGAGAGGAAAUUACUCGCCUCGCAGACACCAUGGCAGCGCUGCACUCGAGCGGAAACCAGCGACCACGACAGCGUACCGCAUCACAACCACAACAACGUAGGGUGUGCUGUCACCCAUCGGUUUUCUUCCUGACCGAUCGGGAAAGAGGUGCUUGUUUUCUAGUCGACACAGGGGCGGAAGUUAGUGUCGUGCCGGCGUCGCCAGCCGACCGCAAACGGCCGUGCGCAGCACCGUUGGAAGCUCUCAACAAUACGACGAUACCGACGUACGGGCAACGCUCCCUCUCGCUGGACCUGGGCCUCAAGAGGACGUUUCGGUGGAUUUUCGUCGUGGCUGACGUAAAAUUUGCCAUCCUGAGAGCGGCCUUUUUGCGCAACUUCGGACUGCUUGUCGAUGUCCGCAACCGGCGUUUACAGGACCCCAUGUCACAAGCAGAAGUGCUCGGGAAGCCAUCCAGGCAUCCACCCCUCAUCCCCACGUUCGUAGCACCGCCUGGCGCUACACGUUUCACCGGCAUCCUCGGCGAUUUCCCCGAACUGACGCAGCCACCACAGGCCAGCGCGGCGGUCGAACACAAUGUAUGCCACCACAUUGUCACCACAGGCCCACCAGUUUACGCACGCCCACGUCGCCUGUCCCCGCAAAAGCUGCAAGCAGCUCGACAGGAAUUCGACCACAUGCUCGAGCUCGGCAUAAUCCGCCCGUCCGCUAGUCCGUGGGCGUCUCCACUGCACAUGGUGCCGAAGUAUACACCAGGAGAAUGGCGACCCUGCGGCGACUAUCGAGCCCUGAAUCAAGCAACCGUGCCCAACCGCUAUCCGGUACCUCGCAUUCAUGAUGUCACGUCCAGCCUACAUGGUGCGGCGAUUUUCUCCAAGGUCGACCUCGUGCGGGCGUACCAGCAGAUCCCCGUGGCUGCAGAGGAUGUAUCGAAGAUGGCGAUAACCACGCCCUUCAGCCUGUUCGAGUUCCUACGCAUGCCGUUCUGCCUGCAAAACUCGGGACAUACAUUCCAGCGUUUUAUUAACGGCGUUUUGCAUGGCCUCGACUUCUGCCAUGCAUACCUCGACGACCUACUCAUCGCAAGCACUUCACCGGACGAGCAUGAGGCGCACCUGCGAUCCGUGUUUCAGCGCAUGGCGGAGCAUGGCAUCCUGGUGAACACGGACAAGUUCGAGCUGGGUGCCGAGAAGCUGACUUUUCUUGUCCAUGUUGUUUCAAGCUCUGGCAUUCAACCUCAUCCAGACAAGGUUAAAGCUGUCGAGAAGUUUACACGACCCACCACUAAGCGCCAGCUCCGCGUCGGAUACAAGCUGACGUUCACCAAGGUAGCGAAUGCAUUCAAGCUCAAUGACAUCAUGAACAUCGUCCGCCAUGCUGCACCUGCAGCAAUCGUCGACGACGACAAGCAGGCAGAGGUGUCCAUCGCACUGGGCACUUUGGACAACAAGGCAUUCCCUGCAAUGUUCAAGGCGCUAGAAAGUUCCCUCAAACGACUUGGCAUUGCAAGCAUCGGUGUGAACGUUGCCUCGAUGAAGGACGUUUACCUGAAGUAG